CCGGCUUACAUGUUGUUGCGAACGAGAAAAAAAGGAAAAGAAAAGACGAAUGGAAAAAUUGUAAUCCAGAAAAAGAGAUUUGCUUAUGAACUCGGCGAUACGGUGAACACCCGGGCGUACUCCGAAACGCGUUGGCUCGUUUGGCCCGUCGUUCACCGUAAAAGUUCAGCAUUUGGACGUCGACGAGUGAAAUAAAAUAACCCGAAUGAGCUCCCAGCAAUUCCCAAGACACGGGCUGCCCACCUCCAGUCCAGGGGGGGCUUCCCUUAUGCCCACCGGUGGAAACCUGGUACCCGUCAAUCAGCCGUCAAACCCGCCAGCCGGAGCUGAAGCUGUGGACGGCGACCAGCAAGAGCAUCCGCCGGCAGGAGGCAGCACGGGCACGGUGGUUUUCCGGGACGAUAAGCAGGAGACCAUGGUGGUCCGUCCGUACCCGCAAGUGCAGACGCACGGGCCGCCGCAGCCUGCCCCACAGGCGCUUCCCAUCCAGCCCGGCGGCCCUCCUGUGGCGGUGCCUGCACCGCCAGUGCACCUGCCGCAAGGCCAGCCCGCAGUCCUUACAGAUGGACAAAUGAAGGCGGUCCUGAAGUCCCCUAUGCCGAGCCGCCUAAUUGCUCCCGCCCCGGCUUCCAACCAGGGCCACAUCCCAAUGCCCCCCAAGGUUCCCGUCCACAUGACGUCCACCCCGGAGAGUAGUAGCGCUACCACGCUUUCUAUUCCUGUGGCCACUAUCAGCGGACAACAGGGUCACUCCAGCAACUUGCACCAUCUGAUGUCAGCCAACAUCCAGAUCAUUCGUGGCAGCGCCCCCACGUUGCAGAUCGGAACUCCCGCCGUCCCGCCGCAGACCUUCACAUCACAUCUACCGCGAGGUGCAGCUGCAGCCGCAGUCAUGUCCAGUUCCAAAACAGUCUUGCGACCGGCCACCGGAGCAGGUGCAGGUCCGGGUCAGCCUACUGUGCAGCACAUCAUCCACCAGACUAUUCAGUCACGUCCUGCGGUGACGACGUCCACGGCCGUGCUUCCCACCGUAGUGGCCCCCAUCUCAGCCACGAGGACCCAAUCCCCCGUCAUCAGUCCAACCGCUACGCACUCUGCAGAUGUCGCUCACGGGCGACCAGGCCUGACCAUUCACCCGCCGCCGGCCAGCGUCAGCAUCCAAAGGCCUCAAGCAUCACGUGACACGGCCACGCGAAUCACGCUGCCGUCACACCCGGCCAUUGGUACUCAGAAACCCCAGCCGCCGCACACAAUGACGCAGAAGCCAAUCUUCAGUACGGUCACACCAGUCGCUGCAGCCACUGUGGCACCCAUCGUUGCUACCAACACGGUCCCCUCAACUACCUCUAUAGGUACAGUCCCCCACACUCAAAUCAGCAGCAACACUAUUGUUACCAUGACGAUGGCCUCCCACUCGUCGCACGCCACCGCCGUAACCACCUCCGCCAUCCCCGUCGCCAAAGUGGUGCCCCAGCCCAUCGCCCACUCAUCGUCCCGUGUGCAGCCUGACUACCCCGGAGAGAGGACCAACCUCAUCCCAAUUCAGGGCCAUCGCUCUUCGCCCAAUCCCGUUACAAUGGAGCCGAGAAGCGAUAACAGACCUCCUGUUCCAGUCCAGUUCCAAUAUUUCCUGCCGACGUACUCGUCAUCAUACCCGCUGACUCACACCUACACGCCAAUCAGCAGUUCUGUGUCCACUAUUCGGCAGUAUCCCGUGACUCCCCAAGCACCGAGUUCGGCGCUUCCCGCCCAGGCUGGUGUGGGAGUGGCCACCACAGUGCACCUCAACCACAUGCAGCUAAUGGCGGUGGACCGCAUCGGCCUGCCGUCUGCGUCCAUAACCACGCAGGGAAUCCAACCGGCGCCCAUCGCCGCACAGGGCAUACAGCCGGCGCCCAUUAGCGUGCAGGGUCUACACCCGGGGCCGGCUUCCAUAGGCGCGACGGGUCUCCAGCAGGGCGCCGGCCCCCAGCAGCAGCCGCCCGCUGAAGCAAAACCUGGUGUGGUGUUGGCCGACGGCUUUGUAGCCAACCCGAUAAACAGUACCACUCAGCCGGUGGGCACCAUGGUCCAGGCUCACGGCCAGGGAGGGGCGCCUACACUUGUGUCCUCGCCGAGACCCAGCAUCCUGCGAAAGAAGACUACCACUGAAAGUUGUGUUCGUAAGACCCUAAUUCCAGCUCAGCCCAGUGAACCUAGCAACGUCAGAAUUGAAAGCAGCGUGAGAGGGGCCGGCUCCCCUCGACCUGCAGGAGUCAAAACCAAAACUGAGAUGCACAUGGCAGUGGCCCCUCCCGUCAUGGCCGCCGUGGACGCGCUGCCCCCGCAGCCGGGCGGCGAGCAACAAGCGAUGGCGGCGUCGGCCACCCCGCACCUGGCCCAGGCUUUGCCGGCCAUUUUAGGCACACCGGGGCCGGCGCCGCCCUCGCAGCCCUCCGCGGUGCUCUCGGGACUGCCCGCGGCUGUUGCGGUGACCCCGCCCACGCAGGCAUCCGUUGCCAACACAGUGGCGUCGCCCACGCAGCCGCCCCCCAGCAGCACCGCCGCCUGCGUAGCCAGCUGCCCCGACGUCAAGCUCAAGCAGGAGGCGGACAACAUCAAUGCCUCGCAGCCAGACCCGAACGCCAACGCGGCACUGAGUGCCCAGGUCUCCGCACUGAACGUUCCUCCGGCAGGAGAAAUGAUCCCUGGGGCGUCCCCGAGGAAGAAGCCUCGAAAGCAGCAGCACGUCAUCUCCACCGAGGAGAACGAGAUGAUGGAGACCAACAGCACCGACGAGGAGAAGGCGCCCGGGAGGCCCAUCACCGGCAGGGCCGAGCGAAGAGAGUCUCCCCCUAGGGAAUACGUUGACGAGGAAGGUGUACGCUACGUCCCCGUCAGGCCCCGACCUCCCGUCACUCUUCUACGGCACUACCGUAACCCCUGGAAAGCCGCCUACCACCACUUCCAGAGGUACAGCGACAUCCGGGUCAAAGAAGAGAAGAAGGGCACUUUACAGGACAUGGCUAACCAGAGAGGUGUGGCGUGCCGAGCGCAAGGCUGGAAGAUUCACUUGUGUGCCGCCCAACUCAGACAGCUGUCAAAUUUGGAGCACGACGUGUACAGCCGGCUGUCCUCCCUGCAAGAGGGCCUCAUCCCCAAAAAGAGAGCAAGCGCAGAUGACGACCUACACCGUAUUAACGAACUCAUACAGGGCAACAUGCAGCGCUGCAAGUUAGUAAUGGACCAGGUAACAGAAGCGCGGGACACCAUGAUGAAAGUUCUGGAGCAUAAGGACAAAGUUCUGAAACUGCUCAACAAGAACAGUGCCGUCAAGAAGUCGUCCAAGCUCAAGCGCAAAGAGCGGGCGUGAAAGCUACCCGACCCCUUUAACACCCCCACGCUCAGAAUCUGGUGCUACGAUCUGCUUCAUACAAUCACAAGCACCCACCUUUUUCGGAAGAGGUUCUCAGUUGUUUUUGUUCAUUUCCGAAAACCUCAAAGACAAUGUUUGUUAGCUGAAGGAGUUGAAAACGGAGACGUGAAGACCAACCUCAAAUGUGUUUUUUUUUUUUUUUUUAAAGUUUGAUCGGUGCCUUCAUUGUGUUUGCCGAGGCUUCAACCGCCACCAUUUUGCGAAAAUGUGUGUGCUUGUCACUGGUUUCCCUCUAUUUUGUAGCACUCCCGAAACUGAAUUUGGCUGCAAUUUCAUCUUGAUUCCUUCGAGGGUGAGUUUGCAAUUAGGAAGAAAAAAUUUCAUCUUGAUUCCUUCGAAGGUGAGUUUGCAAUCAUAAUUAGGGUGAAAAUUGAAUUUUCUCAGCCACAUUUUUUACCUCUAAUUAGAUUUUUUUUUUUUUUACUUAAGAGGCAUCAGUCAUUUGGAAGUACUGACUUUAUUUGAUUUGAUUUCAAGGUACAUUUCUUUUGGACAAUUUUUCUUUUCAAGAUAAAGAAUGAGUUUUUUUUUUUUUUUUUCAGAAUUGUAAAAUCAACCUUGAAAUCCAGUUAUUAGAUUGGAACCUUAAAAGUCGAUGUCAUUUCUAUCAUGCUGCUUCACUCAUUGUCUGCCAUUGACACCACUAGACGUUCAUUUCACCCAUAGGAGGGUGCAUCUCGGCCAGAGGAAGAUUAAUUUUAUUUUUAAACUCAUUGGGUGCCGGCACUAGACGUCCAAUCCAUUUGAAGUGGGAGGGUUUCAUUCACUGCCAUCCUCCCACUUCAAAUGGAUUGGACAUUGACUAGUUAUUAACCCACUUGAAUUCACAGCAGAAGGAUGAUUGUACAUCUAUCGUACUUGGGAAGCGUACCAUUUUUAUUUUUUUUUUACCAUAUAGCUGGCGGCACAUCUUGGGUAGGGCAACCAGUAGUAACUAGAUCUCAAAAGGCUACAAAUUGAGCAGUAUUGGCGCGUAGUUUCUCAGAGCCACUCAAUACUGAUGACGUCAUUUUAGUGCUGUAUUGGUGCAACACUAGUAAUUGCCCAUCAGUGUCACAUAAUUGCAGCAUUUCUUUUUUAAUAUAUGUUUGACAAAUUCAGCUAAAAUUUUGCCCCAAAACUCAAACCAAGCCAGUAAUUUUUUUCUGAGCCUGUCAAAUAAGCAUUAAUCUUUACUUAUCCAACAGCAGAUUGUUCAUAAUAGAGGGGAUAUGUAUAAGUGGUAGGAUACAUACAGUAUUUUUGUUUCCGUGAGAAAGCCCAGAAAGAAUUGUAAUGAGCGUCCUCAUGUUCACAAGGCUGUAAAUCACUGUUUAAAUGUGUUCUUUACUUCCGUACCCACCAAAAUGGAGACAUUUUGUGCCGUGCGAUGUGUAAAAAAAGAUUUCACACAGAGUUGUAGUGAGAUCGUUCACCGCUGACGUUGUACAUUGUUUUUGUCCUUAAGUAUAGUAAAAGAUUCUUCAUCAAAACCCAGCUGUAUUUGGAUUUCUUUUAUUAGUUUUAUUAGAAAGACUGAGCAAAUUAACUCCGACUUAAAGCAACACUAGGUAACUUCAGUUUUGGUCGAUUUUAGCGACGGCGGUAGACAAAAGUGAUAGUGUUUUGCUUUAAGGAAGACUGCGUUUCCCAUGAGGACCAGCGCACACCCGCACAGUUUUGUAAAAUCGUGAUCUCCCUGUCGCAGGCAGAUGUAUUGAACGACAUUUCUUUUUCCAGCGGCUGUGUGAAGGAUGAAUAGUAAUAAGGUAAUGACUAAUGAUUCUAGUUGUGGCUAAGCAAUAGAACAUGACGGUUAGCAACCGUGUGGCUAAAAAUUCGUCAGUGCUGACAAGUUCGGUUGGGGGUGGGGGCAAAGCUUUUGUUGACAUCUGUGGUAAGCAAUUCAAAUCUGCUGAAGCACCUAACAACUACACACGCUACCACAAAGCUAGUGGCGAAAAAUCUCACUUCUUAUUUUUGUUGCACUUCAAGUGUAGGAUAAAUCUGUUGCUGGUGAGGUGCAAUAAAUAUUACAAGGUUCUAUAGCACGACUACCUUUCUGUUCUUCUCUAUUCAACUGACUCGAAUACUGCUCAGAAAAUUUCAAAUUCUUUGACAUACAACAACUUUUUAAAGUAAUGGAAGUAUUUACUUUCCCUGGUAACUAGUUACUUUUACUAUAGAGUAAUUCAGUUACUAAGUUACUUUUUGGAAGAAGUAGUGAGUAACUAUAACGAAUUAGUUUUUUAAAGUAACGUGCCCAACACUGCUCAUGAAUAAUCAUUGGCCCGGCUUUCACUCCCUGACAUGACGCCCACUCCCUCAACUGAACUCGUCAGCGCUGACAAGUUCGGUGGGGGGUUAGCCACACUAAGCCACACGGUUGCUAACCGUCAAAACUGUCGUUUAAUCCAUCUGCAGGCGACCGUGAUUUUAUGACACUGUGCGGGUGUGUGCUGGUCCUAAUGGGAAACGCAGUCUUACUUAAGGAAAAACAGUACCGCUUUUGUCCACCGGUGGCGCUAAAACCGACCAAAAAAGAAAAGUUACCUGGUGUUACCUACCUAGUCUUUUCUGUUAUAACUUUAUUAGCAUUGUUUUAUUAAUAUUUCAUUGUAAGUUGAUCUGCUGUAUAUUACUUUUUUCUUUAAUAUUAAAAAUGAGACAAUAUUAUGCAGAAGAAGUGUACUCACAAUAAUUCUAUAGACAAAUGAUGGCGGCGGGAGUUGGGCAGAGUUGUAAGGGGGGUGAAAUGUUUGUCUUCCUUGGGGGGCGUAACAGAAAAUAAUUGAAAAGCACAGAGAUCCUGUAUUUUAAUGUUGGUCGUUAUGGUACUUUUAACAAAUUGAGAAAUACUGCUGUUCUUGUUAAUGUGUUGUCUUCACUGACUCUCUUGUGUGCUAUAUUGUCACUGGGUGGUUCAACAGGAGCAAAGUCAAAGAGUCGUUAAAAAAAAAAAAAAAAAAAAAAAAAAAAAAUCCUUCUUUAGUGUUAGUGAGGCAACAUCAGGAAGGACUCUCACUGGAGAAGCUUAACCCUCAGGUAAGA